AUGAGUCCUCCGCUGGACGACUACAUCCUCAAGAUGCGAAAUCUCCACCAGAGAUACGGCCUUUCAGAGAACGUUCUGGAGCUGUUCAGGGCUUAUGGCGAGCAUCACCGCGGCGCCGUGGCCCCCGAGGCGCUGGGCCGACGGCUUCGAACCUCGACCCUCACGAGGGCCUGCACCGAUACCAUCACUUCUCUUGCGGCGGCAAUGCAGAAGAACCCCACGCCCGAGUGCAUCACCGAAUGCAGUGAGAUCAUCGACUGCUGCUCUGAGAUGCUCAAUCUUGCCAACGAGUCCAAGCAGGGAGCAACACUGCCCUUCAUGAAGUUCCCGGCUGAGGUCCGCCGAAUUGUCUACCGGCACUACUUCAGCGACCUUUUGCUGGCCUCUCCGUGGGGAAAGGCCAACAUCAUCAUCCUGAAAAGCCCUUUCAACUGUAAUUGCGCCAGCCACAGGAGCCAAACGAUGGAAUUGGCUCGCCCUCUGAGCAUGUCACUCAUCUCCACUUGUUCGUACAUCAAGGACGAGGCUCUUGAAGAGUGGUUCAAGCGCCAUGUUUUCAGUUUCGCUUGUGGCUGCGAGCUUAGGCACUGUCUGCGGAUCAACAAGAGCAUGAGCUACAACCUCAAGAGCGUCGAGGUUCACUGGACUGGCGAGGAGUCCGACUCGGCCUUCGAGCUCUUGAAGAAGGUCUCCACGCUCAAGAAACUCGUCGUCGUCGUUUCCAAGUCCACUACCAACACCAUGUCCCGGAAAGAGGCGCUGCUGAAGAAGUACUUGCCCCAGAGGUCCCAGACGAGGAUCACAGAAGCCCUGGGCUUCGACGAGCUGGUGGAUCUGACGGCGAUGGGUAGGGUGAACCAUGUCAGGGUUGAGAACGUGGACAAAGGCCUGGCAUAUCGCCGCCUGGAGCAGGAGCGGAGCGGUCUUGAAAAUUAUCUAAGGCACGUCGUAAAGGAGGCCGCACACUAG